CCUCCACUCCUUCUUUUUCCACCUCCCUGCUGCAGAAAUGCACCAGUGUUGUGCUCUGCUGAUUGGCUUGAACCUGUUUCAUCUCCUGCAUCUCCCAGAAUGAGGGGAAGGCAGCUGGGUUCAUAGCAUUUCAUUUGCUGAGAGUUGGCUGCCCAAAUGAAGAAUAAGCAGGUGAAUUUGGCACAGAAAUCAUGGAUAGAAAGAGCUUUUUACAAGAGGGAAUGUGUUCAUAUCAUACCCAGCACCAAAGACCCCCAUAGGUGUUGCUGUGGGCGUCUAAUAGGUCAACAUGUUGGACUCACUCCAAGUAUCUCCGUUAUCCAGAAUGAGAAAAAUGAGAGCAGGCUUACUCGCAAUGACAUCCAGUCAGAGAAGUGGUCCAUCAGCAAGCACACGCAGCUCAGCCCAACGGAUGCUUUUGGAACCAUUGAGUUCCAAGGAGGAGGCCACUCCAAUAAAGCCAUGUAUGUACGUGUGUCUUUUGACACAAAACCUGACCUUCUUCUGCACCUGAUGACCAAAGAGUGGCAGCUUGAGCUCCCAAAACUUCUCAUCUCUGUGCAUGGGGGCCUUCAGAAUUUUGAACUUCAACCAAAGCUCAAGCAAGUCUUUGGGAAAGGCCUCAUUAAGGCUGCUAUGACAACUGGAGCGUGGAUAUUCACUGGAGGAGUAAACACAGGAGUCAUUCGACAUGUUGGAGAUGCACUGAAAGAUCAUGCCUCAAAAUCCCGAGGGAAGAUCUGCACCAUUGGUAUAGCUCCCUGGGGGAUCGUGGAAAAUCAAGAGGAUCUGAUUGGCAAAGAUGUGGUCCGACCGUACCAGACAAUGUCCAAUCCUAUGAGUAAGUUGACAGUACUCAACAGUAUGCAUUCACAUUUCAUUUUGGCUGACAAUGGCACUACUGGCAAAUAUGGAGCAGAGGUGAAACUUCGUAGACAGCUGGAAAAGCACAUUUCACUUCAGAAAAUAAAUACACGAAUUGGUCAAGGAGUUCCAGUGGUGGCCCUCAUUGUGGAAGGAGGUCCCAAUGUUAUCUCUAUCGUUCUGGAGUACCUGCGAGACACUCCUCCUGUUCCUGUUGUGAUAUGUGAUGGCAGUGGUCGGGCAUCUGACAUACUUGCCUUUGGUCACAAAUACUCUGAAGAAGGAGGACUUAUUAAUGAAUCUUUGCGGGACCAGUUGCUAGUUACCAUCCAGAAGACUUUCACAUACACUCGAACCCAGGCACAGCACCUCUUCAUUAUCCUCAUGGAGUGCAUGAAGAAGAAGGAGCUGAUCACAGUAUUUCGCAUGGGAUCAGAAGGACACCAGGAUAUUGAUUUAGCUAUCCUUACAGCAUUACUGAAAGGAGCUAACGCAUCUGCUCCCGACCAGCUGAGCCUGGCUUUAGCCUGGAACAGAGUAGACAUCGCUCGCAGUCAGAUCUUUAUUUACGGGCAGCAAUGGCCGGUGGGCUCCCUUGAGCAAGCAAUGCUGGAUGCACUGGUGUUGGACAGAGUGGAUUUUGUGAAAUUACUCAUAGAAAAUGGAGUAAGCAUGCAUCGUUUUCUCACCAUCUCCCGGCUAGAGGAAUUGUACAAUACGAGGCAUGGACCAUCCAACACUUUAUAUCAUCUAGUCAGGGAUGUCAAAAAGCGAGAAUAUCCAGGUUUCGGUUGGAUCUAUUUUAAGGGAAAUUUACCUCCUGAUUAUCGAAUAAGCCUGAUUGAUAUUGGUUUGGUGAUAGAGUACCUGAUGGGAGGAGCAUAUCGCUGCAAUUAUACCCGAAAGCGAUUCAGAACACUGUACCACAAUUUAUUUGGGCCUAAGAGGCCAAAAGCCCUGAAACUGCUGGGAAUGGAGGACGAUGUCCCUUUACGACGAGGGAGGAAAACAACUAAGAAAAGAGAAGAAGAAGUUGAUAUUGAUUUGGAUGACCCUGAGAUAAAUCAUUUUCCCUUUCCGUUCCACGAGCUGAUGGUGUGGGCAGUGCUUAUGAAGCGCCAGAAGAUGGCUCUCUUCUUUUGGCAGCAUGGAGAGGAGGCUAUGGCUAAAGCACUGGUGGCCUGCAAACUCUGCAAAGCCAUGGCCCAUGAGGCAUCAGAAAAUGACAUGGUGGAUGACAUAUCCCAAGAGCUGAACCAUAAUUCGAGGGACUUUGGCCAAUUGGCAGUGGAGCUGUUGGACCAGUCAUACAAACAGGACGAGCAACUGGCAAUGAAACUGCUGACCUACGAGCUGAAGAACUGGAGCAACGCCACAUGCCUGCAGCUCGCAGUGGCUGCUAAGCACAGAGACUUCAUUGCUCACACUUGCAGCCAAAUGCUGCUCACAGACAUGUGGAUGGGUCGUCUCCGGAUGCGCAAAAAUUCUGGCCUAAAGGUAAUUCUAGGAAUUCUACUUCCUCCUUCAAUCCUCAGCUUGGAGUUCAAGAACAAAGAUGAUAUGCCUUACAUGUCUCAGGCCAACGAGAUCCAUCUUCAGGAGAAGGAGCCAGAGGAACCAGAAAAACCAGUGAAAGAAAAAGAGGAAGAGGACAUGGAGCUCACAGCAAACAGCCGGAGCUGCCCUCAGGAGCCUGUCUGCAGGCAGGCAGAAGGACCUGUCUACAGGACCCAAUAUGCAGGCAAGCUGAAGGAGCAGCCCACAAGACCCACCUGCAGGACCCGUUUGCAGGCAAUGCUGGGACGGGGGAAUGGAGAAUCCUCAAGAAAGAAAGAAGAAGAAGAAGUACAGAGCAGGCACAGACUGAUUCCUGUUGGAAGAAAGAUUUACGAGUUCUACAAUGCUCCCAUUGUCAAAUUUUGGUUUUACACACUGGCAUAUAUAGGCUACUUAAUGCUGUUCAAUUACAUAGUGUUAGUGAAGAUGGAUCGCUGGCCAUCGACACAGGAAUGGAUUGUCAUCUCGUACAUUUUCACUCUGGGAAUAGAGAAGAUGAGAGAGAUACUGAUGUCAGAGCCUGGAAAAUUGUUACAGAAAGUGAAAGUUUGGCUGCAGGAGUACUGGAAUGUUACAGAUCUCAUUGCUAUCCUCCUGUUCUCUGUUGGGAUGGUCCUCCGUUUGCAAGAUCUGCCACUUCGGAGCGAUGGCCGGGUGAUAUACUGUGUGAACAUCAUUUACUGGUACAUACGGCUACUGGACAUCUUCGGAGUAAACAAGUACUUGGGACCGUACGUUAUGAUGAUUGGAAAAAUGAUGAUAGAUAUGAUGUAUUUUGUCAUCAUCAUGUUGGUGGUUCUGAUGAGCUUCGGUGUUGCAAGACAAGCCAUUCUCUUCCCCAAUGAGGAGCCGUCAUGGAAGCUGGCAAAAAACAUUUUUUACAUGCCUUAUUGGAUGAUCUAUGGGGAAGUGUUUGCAGACCAGAUAGACCCUCCUUGUGGUCAAAAUGAAACUAGAGAAGAUGGCAAGAUAAUCCAGCUGCCUCCUUGCAAGACAGGAGCAUGGAUCGUUCCUGCCAUCAUGGCCUGUUACCUCUUGGUUGCAAACAUCCUUUUGGUGAACCUCCUGAUUGCUGUUUUCAACAAUACGUUUUUUGAAGUCAAAUCUAUAUCCAACCAAGUAUGGAAGUUUCAAAGGUAUCAGCUAAUCAUGACGUUUCAUGAAAGGCCAGUUCUUCCACCACCUCUGAUCAUUUUCAGCCAUAUGACCAUGAUAUGCCAGCACCUCUGCUGUAGAUGGCGGAAACACGAAAGCGACCCGGAUGAGAGAGACUACGGAUUAAAACUUUUCAUAACUGAGGAUGAAUUGAAAAAAGUCCAUGAUUUUGAAGAGCAGUGCAUAGAAGAAUAUUUUAGAGAGAAGGAUGACAGAUUCAAUUCUUCCAAUGAUGAAAGAAUCCGUGUCACUUCAGAAAGGGUGGAGAAUAUGGCCAUGCGACUGGAAGAAGUAAAUGAGCGCGAGCACUGCAUGAAGGCCUCUCUGCAGACUGUUGACAUCAGACUUGCUCAGCUGGAAGAUAUGAUAGGAAGAAUGGUGACAGCAUUAGAAAAACUGACUGGCAUAGAGAGAGGAGAGACAACCAAGAUACGAUCCAGGACUUCAUCUGACUGUACCGAUGCAGCCUAUAUUGUAAGGCAGAGUAGCUUCAAUAGUCAAGAAGGAAAUGCUUACAAGCUGCAAGAGAGCAUAGAUCCGACAGGGGAAGAGUCUAUGUCCCCAACUUCUCCUACAAUUACACCUCGCAUGCGAAGCCACUCUUUCUAUGCAACGAAUAUGAAGGACAAGUGUGGGUUGGAAAAGUUUGAAAGCAUUUUCAAGGAAAGAUCUCCAAGCCUGCACCGGGCUAGCAGUUCCCACUCAAUAGCGAAAGAAGGAAAGAUUCCCUUAGCCCCUACCAGCACUUUGUCAAUUGCCCCAGACUCCAGAAGGCCUUCAUCUUGUAUAGAUAUCUACGUUUCUGCAAUGGAUGAGAUGCAUUCUGAUACAGAGCCUCUUGAUAGUUCCAUAAAUAUUCUUGGUACUGGAGAUGUAGCUCUGCAGGCACACAUAGCCUCUUCCAUUUUAGCCAACAGUGCAUAUAUUAGCAGCACACCUGGUGAAAAAAUUUCUGGCAGGAGUCUUGAUUAUGAGGAAACAUCCGGUAUAGAAACAAGAGCAUUUUCUUCAGACUAUUCACAAAUCACAGACUGCCAAAUCCCCUGGGAUUCAGACCCUCCCUUGUACCACACUUUAGAGCGAUCUAAGAGCAGUCGUUAUCUGGCUACAACUCCAUUUAUUCUGGAGGAAACACCAAUUGUGAAAUCUCACAGUUUUAUGUUCUCUCCAUCUCGAAGUUACUUCAGCAGCCUUGGCGUACCGGUCAAAACAGCAGAAUACACAAGUAUUACAGACUGCAUAGACACAAGGUGUGUGAGUGCUCCUCAGACCAUUGCAGAGAGAGCAAGUUUCCCUGGAAGUCUCGGCAUCAAGGUGGAAGACUUGGGAUGCUGCCACCCAGAGAGAGAAGCAGAAUUAAGCCACCCAAGCUCUGAUCAUGAGGAUACUGAGGCCAGGGACAAGAAGGGGCUUCCCCUAUCUCCUCAAGACAGCAGUGCCACAAGAACUCUGACCAACAGCAUCCCGCUUCCAAAAAUAGAGCGGGCUAACAGCUACUCUGCAGAAGAGUCCAACAUGCUGUAUGCACAGCACACACGGAAGAGCUACUCAAUCAGUGAUAAACUUGACAGACAGCGAAAUGCAACAAGCUUGCGGAACCCCUUCCAGAGGAGUAAGUCCUCAAGGCCAGAGAGCAGAGGGGACAACCUGUCCAUGAGGAGACUAUCAAGAACAGGAGCAUUCCGCAGCUUUGAAAGCAAGCACAGCUAGGCCUAGACAAAUCUUGCAGUCAGUCAAAAGGUCAUCUGCUCUUCAAUCCAUUUUCCUUAGCAAAAUUACCAUGCUUCAUAUUGACAUUCCACGUCAACUCCAGUUUGGCAUUAGCCACUGGUCAAGGGAGCACACUGUCAGUCUCAGCAUCAACUGCUGAGUUACUGCAUCUUGACCCAGUUGAUAUUUGCACUUAAGGAAAAAGGGAGGGAUGAAAAAUUUACAGAGACUUUGGUAAACAAUAGGAAAAAAAAGACCCCUAGGAAGUUAUAAGUAAUAAGUGAGUUCAGAAAUCUGCCUUCUAAUAGAAAGCAUCCUAAAAUCUAUUAUCCACAAGCUCUUAGGACACAGAAAUUAAUCUGCAAAAAGAGAUGUACAGAUUAGAUGUCCUAAAUUUCAGUCAUAACUUCUUUUUCAUCUGUUUCACCAUUGUGAUGACUGGUGAAAAGCAUUUGUUAUUUCUCUGGGAACUGGUGGCAAACAAAACUAAAGUAUCCCAAAUACCUUGCAACCCUACACAUGUGUAAAUGAAGAAAGAUGAACAAGAUAACAACCAUAACAUUUGCUUGUCUCUUUUUGUAUCAAAUUCUAGUGCCACAAAAAAACAGUAUGUAUUUUCAAAAGCAGAAAGGGAACAGAAAUGCCUUUUGUACUGCAUCAUCAGCGGAGGAAGAAUUCACGUUGAAAUAUCAGGUGAUCUCCUGAUGAAAUGGGCAUUCUAAAGCCUAGCACAGCUGAGCAAGCUCAGGAUGAAUGUAAUUAAGUGGAAUAGUAUAUAUUUAUUUUUUUAUUACAUUUGUCAUCAAUAUUUUGCCUCACUAAAUCAAAGGAUGUGAUAGAACAAUAAGAGUAGGAUGAUCAGAGCAAAGAGCAGUAAUAUUGUCACUGCUCUGUUUAAUUAAUUGUACAAGCUGGGGAGGCUUACCCACAGGGUUGCCACCAGGCUCUUCUUGCUGUUCCAUUUGAGCUGCCAAUUUUUUACAUCGUUCUCUCACCUGAAAGUAUGCCUUUUUUCUUUUUUUGUUUAUUUUUUGUUGUUGUUUUUUUCUUUUUUUUUUUAAAGAAGACAUGUAUUUGUAUUUGGACAUUCCAAACUAUAUAAGAUUUACAAGAUCUAUCUGGUCUUAAUCCAGAUUAACUAAUUUAGACUGAAGUUGCCUAAAGGAAAACUUAAUUGGCAGAAUACUGGAAAACACUGAAAAGUAUAUGUGCUUUUAAGGUAAGUUAAAAAAUUCAAAGUGGAAGUGGAGCUGUCUGUUAGUAGCAAAGCCAUCAGAUGCAAGUGUACUUCUACCAUUCAGCAUCAUAUUACAGAAAAUACAUUUUAGUAGAAUAAAGUACACCUGAUCCAUAGCAUACCUAUGGUGUUUGGUUUGAAGGCAAUAGAAACUCCACUGAUCCUAUCUAAUUUCCAAAGGUCCACAGUACAAACUAUCUUCAGAAGUGUUAUGGGAAGAUAUCUGAGUGGGCAGAGGCGAAAGGGUAUACAGGAUGUAGAAAAAUACUAGAAAAUGAUAAACGGCAACUGGACCAAAAUUUCACAUCCUUUGUGAAGGGACAACUUUUAAGUUUGAAAAGAGUUGAAGCUAAUGCUAAUGACAUUAAAAUAUCUCUAGAGUGACCAAAACCUGUAUAGAAUCAAGUCCUUUUUGUUAUUAAAUCAAAGCACGUGCAAGUAGGGUACAUGUUUCCCAUUUAUUUAAAUGGGAAUUAUCUUUCAAAUCUCUGAGGCAGCUUUGAAAACACAGGCUGACAUUUUCUCACUAGGAUCUCACCCUGGGAGAUCCUAAGGACCAUGUGAGAGUUAAGUCUGAAAGACAACAACAAAUCCAGACAUGAAACUAAUCAUCCAGCUCAAGACAAGAGGCAAAGAAGAAAAUCUUUACAUACUGAGUCACAACGUUGGAAAGCUUGUGAAAUAAAGAAAUGCAACAUGGAAAUGCUAAGCACAAUGUGUUUCGUACUUCCUGCACCAGUAUAUUUCUUUCUUUAUCCUGUUUGACCAAGCUUUCAAUGAGCUAGACUCCACCAAGACACCAUGUUUAUGCAAUUGCCUUGCAGUCCAUGUGCAGCAUUAUGACCACAUGGCAACACCAAGAAAGGUCAGAAGCCUUUCUGUGCAUUAUGAAGCAUGCUUGUGACAGGCCGAUUGUUGAACAACAGCAAAAAGCCCAGAGACAAAGGAACUGUGUUUAACAAUCUGCUUCAAAUGUGCCAACUUUUGUUAGCAGCCUUUCACUAAGGCUUCUCCAAAUCUAUUUGUCCUUGAUGAGUAUAGGGGGAUCUUUUCGCUCUGUUUUCCUUGUUACUUUUACAAAUAUCUUCUAAAACAAUUUGUGGACUCUCCCACCUCUACCAUACAAUUGGCCUACUCUAGAGGAGCUUCAAAUUGUUUAGAAAUUUGUCAAUAGUAAUUAGUGAAUUAGUCCAAAGGAUAGGGAUCUCCUCUGGGGUAGAUUUCAUUGCUUAGUUGUCAGUGUAAAGGAAUUUGCCAAACACAGAAGCUGUAUAAAUAUUUAAGAUACAGCACUUUAUUGAUCUGGAGCACACAUUCCAGGUAAAAAGGAAACAGGACACUUUAUUUACCUCUUAAAAUUUGCCAUUAUAUAUAAAAUGUAAAUUCAAAUGUUAAAAGUGUGAUUGCAAGAUGUCAGAAGACUACUUUUCCUGAAUGUUUCCCAUUUAUUCUAUGAUGUGGUGUCUAUAGAGUAUAAUAUGAUGGAUGUUAGGUUAUUUCAUCUUCACCUGCUUUUGACAUAUUGCAUCAAACUGCUUCUUUCUCAGUUUGGUGGUCAAACACCCAUUCCUUACAGUGGGACCAGAUUUCCCACUUCCAACGUUACUAUGACCAUUUAGUGAGAGUAAAAGUCUUAUCAUCCGUUAUGCCAUGUACCUAUAGCAUGUGCCAUAUGACAUAUUCUGUAUCAGAGGCUAGCGCUUACGAAAUAUUUAUCUACACAUAUAUACAUAUUUCCCAUGUAUAAACCAGUAUAGUUGUGACAUGUGAUAAUAUUAGUGAACGUUACAGGACAAUUUUAUUAUCACGUUAUAAGGUCUUGUUUGUAAAUCUGUAACAUUCAAUAAACUAGCACAUGUUGCAUCAAGCAUUAAGUUCCACUUUCCAAUUAUUAGCAUACAUAUGGAAUAUGCAUUUCUGGUCACAGUGUGUAAGUUUGGUGUGUUUCACACGUUUUUCUGUAUAGCUCCACGUAAGUGUCUGUAUGAGCUGCUGUGUAAACCUCUAAUGAGCCACUGUGGGCUGUGACAGGUGAGUUGUGGUAGCGUGAAAGAUGAACUGGCAUGUUAUGCAAAAGAGUAUAAGAUAAAUUAACUUUAAAAUAUUUUGAAACUCAACUGAAUUUAGCUGUUUGUUUACAUAUGCUGGCCAACUGAGGAAGCAGUGUACAGUAUUUUAUAAAUAUUUUCCUAUAGUAAUCUGUUCUGUUGUUUCCAGUUUAAGUGAUGCUAUUCUACAGUUGGGGUAUACACUUGUCCUAGGUAUUGGAUAAUAGCACAUUAUUCUUUCACAGUAACUUUGUGGUAUGACUGGAAUAGUUUCUCUUCCUACAGUCUUUUUUUGUGUCGAUGAAAAUGCAUGCAUUGUUCCAUGAGUUUCUUUGGACUGCUAUGAAACUUAGCAUUUUGCUAUUGCCUGCCUGUAAAGAUGAAUCCAGUUAGGAAUGAAUCCAAGCUUUUGGAUGUUUACAUUAUUUCCAUUAUGUUUGAUCUUUAGCAAAGAAAGUGAUUUUUUUAUUAUUUUUAAAUGACAAUUGUAUUUUAUGAAAUUGAAAUAUUCAAUGUAAAAUGCGAACCUACAGCAGUCCUCAGACAUUUGGCUCUCUCUUUUUUGGAAGAGAUACGGUGCUACAUAAUUGUUCUUAGCACAAGUGCCAGUUAAUAAAUGGCAGUGUGGGGAUAAUUUAAAAAUAUAACAGACACCCAAAAUAUCUAUUCAUGCACAUAAGGAAAGCCCGCUGGGUUCCAGCUAUAGAUCGCUUUUUUUCAUUUUCCAUUUAUAGAUUUUUGGUAUUAAAAAAAAAAAAAAAAAAGAUUUGUACUUUUG